AUGGCGACUUCGGACUACGAGGAUCCGUUUGCUCCGGCAACGCCUAACACAAAAGAGUGCAAACGUUUGAUUAUUCGUCGCAAUAGCAUUCUCGGCUCUGCGAAGCUCAUCGGAGCGUUUAACGAAAAGUAUAAUCCUGCUACUGAUUAUGCUCAAAUUAAAUUUCGUCUUGCAAAGCUUGAUACUCUCUGGACCGAAUUUAAUGAGGUUCAAGCUGAAAUUGAAUUGGAGUAUGGGCUAACUGAAGAGCUUUCGGAUGGGAAAGCGACGUUUGAAGAUAUGUACUAUCGGUUGAAGGGAUCACUGGACAGCAAACUAACCUUGAAUAACACACCUUCCACAUCCACUGGUCAUAUCCCACCCCCUGUUGCUCCACCUACCCAGGCACUUGGUGUCCGCCUUCCUAAGCUCAAAAUUCCUGAGUUCAAGGGAGAUUUCGACGAGUGGAUGAAUUUUCAUGAUUUGUUCAACACACUCAUCCACUCGAACCACCAACUUUCCGAGGUUCAAAAAUUCCAGUAUUUGAAGGCAGUACUGAAAGGAGAUGCGCUACGUCUCGUGCAGUCUCUGGCGGUGACAGCUACCAACUAUGAUAUUGCGUGGGACCUCUUAAAGAAAAGGUUCGACAACAAGAACUUUUUGAUCAAACAGCAUUUCUCCGCUCUACUGUCUAUGGCUCCGGUAAAAAAGGAAUCUUCGUCGGCACUUUCGGACCUCGCAGAUGUCUUCGAGAAGCACAUUGGUGUGCUUGACAAAUUGGAAGGACCGGAUGAUCAUUGGAAUUCAUUUUUGGUAGAGUUUCUCAGUAGCAAGCUUGAUUCCGCAUCACAAAAGGAAUGGGAAAAUCAAUUACCCGACAACCAGCGACCAACAUACAAGGAUUUGGUUGCGUUCAUCCACAGGCGUUCUCGUGUUCUCCAAUCUUUGAUGCUCUCCCAAUCUUCGCACACCACCAGCAAACCAGAACCACGAUCCCCUCGAGUUCAUGUGUCAUCUCACUCGGCUCUCACCACUGAGAGCUCAAAAGCUUGCAUUGCGUGCCACAAAGGUUCUCACUUUCUCUCGUCGUGUGCCGAGUUUCUGAAGCUUUCACCGAAGCAGCGCUUCAAUGUGGCCAAAAAGUACGGGUUGUGCCUGAAUUGCCUGCGGUCCUCGCAUUUAGUCAAGGACUGUCCAUCUGGGAACUGUAGAACGUGCAACAAGCGCCAUCACACUUUGUUGCAUAUCAAUGCUUCCACCACGUUGGCUGUUCUGGUUGACAGUCAGUCCAAUCCACCCCCGCAACCCCAACAUGCUUCACAAUCGGUCCCGGUCGUCGAGUCGUCUUCGUCGGUUCGAGCGUGCACUGCCAAUCAGUCGCGCGUAGUCUCUCGGGAAAUGAGACCCGGUUCGUCGCCGUCGGGAGGCCAAACCAAGUCGUUCGCUUCUCCGCCGUCGGUUACAUCGUCAGGCUCCGUUCAUGGGUCUUCGCCGGUGACGAGCUGCUCAGCAGUCACCCCCUCGUCUACAUUCGCACAACGGAUGAACUCUACGAUCUUCAUGCUCACAGCCUACGUGAGGGUUCGUGACAUUGAUGGAAACUACUCGUUAGCUCGCGCUCUUUUGGAUUCAGCAUCCGAGCGAAACUUUGUGACCGAAAAUCUCGCUCAACGAUUGCGGCUCAAGCGAGAGAAAUCAGACGUCGAUGUGUACGGAAUUGGCAACAGCGUACAGCAUGUCUCUCAAUCGGUUUCGGUCAACCUGUCAUCUCGAGUAGGUUCCUUUAGCGCUAGCAUCGACUUCCUAGUGCUUCCCAGCUUGACCCGAAUCUUGCCCUCCACAAACGUGGACAUUUCGAGCUGGAUAAUACCUCGAAACCUCCCAUUAGCAGAUCCCAAAUUUAACGUCCCCCACGGCAUCGAUAUGAUUAUUGGCAUACAAUGGUUCUUCACACUAUUGGAAGAUGAUCAAAUCUCUUUGGGUCCCCAGCUCCCUAUACUACGCAAAACAGUAUUUGGAUACGCUGUAGCAGGUGAUCAUGCGACCACCGAGCCAAUCAAAACGGUCGUGUGUAAUGCAGCACUCACGAUUGACAAACUGACAGCCGCAGUGCAAAGAUUCUGGGAGGUACAAAGUUUUGAGGAAGGGAAAGCAUUGUCGCUGGAGGAACAGUAUUGCGAAGACCAUUUUCGAAGCACCCACUCAAGAGCCCCUGACGGUCGGUAUGUUGUUCGAUUACCGAUUCGUGAUAAAAUGUUGUCGGAACUCGGAGAGUCGUUACCAGUCGCUCAUCGAAGAUUCCAAGCAAUGGAGAGAAAAUUUCUCACCAAUACAAGGCUGCGUAGUGACUACAGUCAGUUCAUGGAAGAGUAUGAGUCGCUCGGACACAUGGAAGUGGUCGAACCCGAUCUGUCCACUCCACACUUCUUCCUCCCGCACCAUGCGAUCAUUCGACCGGACAGCACGACGACCAAGACCCGAGUCGUUUUUGAUGGGUCGUGUCGGUCUGCAAACAAUCUCUCGCUCAACGAUAUUUGCUACGUAGGUCCAACUGUUCAACCACCCCUUCUCGCAACGAGUAUGAAUUUUCGCAUGACCAAGUACGUUAUCACCGCCGAUGCCGAAAAAAUGUACAGGCAGAUCUGGGUACACGACUCCGAUCGUGCUCUGCAGCAAAUUGUGUGGAGAAAGUAUCAGAGCCAAGAGCUGAGAGCCUACCAACUCAACACUGUGACCUACGGUACAGCAUGUGCGCCGUUUCUCGCAACUCGCGUUUUGAACCAACUUGCUGAUGAUGAGAAGGAGAAGUUCCCGUUGGCAGCAACACUGGUGGUGAAGCGUUCAUUCUAUGUCGAUGAUUGCUUGGCUGGAGAUGACGACAAGCACCGAAUGAUGGAUAGUUGUGACCAGCUGAUAGGAUUACUCGCAUCUGGUGGCUUCGUUCUGAGAAAAUGGAGCUCUAACGAUCCCGAAAUUCUCUCUCGUAUCCCCGAAAAUCUCAGGGACAAUCGUGACGACCUAGAAAUUGACAAAUCGUGCUCGGUCAAAACACUAGGUCUGCUCUGGCACCCUCAAAUUGAUUGCUUCGGAUUUAAGGUGCCAAAACUCUCGUCGUCAGAACCGGUCACGAAGCGGAUUGCCUUGUCCGAAAUGUCCAGACUAUUCGAUCCCAUGGGCCUAGUGGGAUCAGUGAUUGUAUCCGCGAAAAUCUUUCUGCAGUCACUUUGGUCCAAUUCGUUCACUUGGGACAGCGUGUUGCCGCAGGAGUACCAGGACUGGUGGAAAUCAUGUGGAAAAUCGGCUUGCAAUCUCCUCAUCUCGAAGUCCAGGGUAUCCCCCCUAACACGACAAUCAACACCUCGUCUCGAAUUGUGUGCAGCUGUGAUGGCAGCACAGUUGGCUGAUAGCGUGAAAACAUCAACCGAACUAUCCUGUUCUACCACAUUCUGGUCAGAUUCAAGCAUAGUGCUUCAUUGGAUCGCAUCAUCGUCAUCGUCUUGGAAAGUAUACGUCUCCAAUCGCAUCGCUGAAAUUCAUCGGCUCACUCGUGGGAGUGAAUGGCGCCAUGUGCCGUCAGAAGCGAACCCAGCAGAUCGCGUCUCGCGUGGAGUUCCAGCCUCUCUCGUCGUCAACGAUCAGAUUUGGUGGCAUGGGCCACCGUUCUUAGCAGUUGAGAGGAACCAUUGGCCAGAGAAUAUCAUCGAGCUUUCUCCGCUCCACCUCCGUGCAAGAGAGGAAGAAGUUCGGCAAACCGUUUCGUUGGUUACAACCUCGCUGCCCAUGGCAAUCUCGCUGAUCAACAAACAUUCGACGUUGCUUCCUCUCACCCACACUUUUGCAUGGAUACGGCGGUUCGUAUCAAACUCUCGCUUGACCGCUCCAAAUCGUGUCGUAGGUUCACUCACCACGAAAGAAGUGGAUGACUCGCUAAGAUGGCUGAUCGGACAAGUUCAGGAAGAAUGUUUUUCUGCCGAAAUACGUUUUCUACAACAGAACCCUGGCCCAGUCAAGAAAAACUUUAGUUUCAAAUCCCCUUUGAAAAAGUUGAACCCGUUUUUAGAUUCUGAGGGCCUGCUGAGAGUCCAUGGCCGCUUAGAAUUGCUAGAAGCACCUUUCGAUACCCGAUACCCGAUCAUACUUCCCGCAAAACACCAUCUAACCAACUUGAUCGUCACAAAAACCCACAUCGACACCUUGCAUUCGGGACCACAGCAACUUCUGUCUACACUCCAACAAAGGUUCUGGGUCAUCCGAGGAAGAGAUGCAGCGAAACGUGUAGUGAACAAGUGCAUGGUCUGCUUCCAUUGUAGGCCGAAGCCAAUAGAACAACUAAUGGGCCCUCUACCAGCAGCGAGGGUAACUCCGUCGCGCGCGUUCGUGAAGUCCGGCGUGGACUAUUGCGGUCCGUUUUUCAUUCGGCCACCGAAUCGCCGCGGAAACUCGGUAAAAAUAUUCGUCGCGAUAGUCGUCUGUAUGGCCUCCAAGGCAGUCCAUAUCGAAAUGGUCUAUAGCCUGUCGUCGGAUUCGUUCGUGAGUGCGCUCAAACGGUUCGUUUCACGUCGCGGUCGCGUGUCCGACGUGUAUUGCGAUAAUGCUCGUACUUUCGUCGGGGCGAACCGGCAGCUCCAAGAGCACAAGCAGCAAUUUGAUGCUAUCCACCGCUCUACCGGAUUAGCAGAAAGCUGCUCCGAAGCAGGGAUCAACUUCCACUUCAACCCAGCGCGUUCUCCCCACUUUGGAGGGUUGUGGGAGGCCGCCGUCAAGAUCUUCAAACAUCAUCUCUAUCGCAUCAUGAAGACUACGCUCCUGACCAUUGAAGAGUUCCAAACUCUCAUAACUCAAAUCGAGGGAAUCAUGAACUCACGGCCUCUCACACCCUUAUCAUCUGAUCCUGCUGAUGUGGUGGCUUUAACACCGGGCCACUUUUUAGUGGGAGAGCCGUUACACUCUGUCCCUGAACCCGAUUUGAGUGACAUUCCCGUUAAUUGCCUCAACUCUUUCCAGCAUAUGCAACAGAAGGUACAACAUUUCUGGCGGGUGUGGUCUCGUGACUACAUCGGGCAGCUUCAAAGUCGCCAACGGUGGCCGUUAGUCCAACCCGACAUCAAGGUUGGAACGAUGGUACUGCUCAAGAAGGAAGCGGCUCCGCCAAUGAAGUGGUUCCUUGGUCGGAUCGAAGCCGUGUUCCCCGGCAAUGACGGCCACGUUCAAGUCGUUCAGGUCCGAACGUCUACUGGCUGCUAUCGGCGGGCCAUCACUGAAGUCUGUCCUCUGCCCAUUGAGAGCGACGCCGAGGCGAACGAAGCACCAGACGCUCCAUCUUCAUCGGGUGCACCACCUGCCGCCACCCCCUACGGAUGA